ACCUGAAUACAUCCAUGAUCUGGACCCCCAGAUCGGUGUUCGAUUGUUGUGGUCUGAGUGUGAAGCGGCAGCGUGAGGAAGACAACACAGCUUAGCUUGAUAACUGUGAGGGUCGCCAGUGCAGUUUACAGAGCUCCGUGUCACCACCGGCCGCCGGUCAUGGGUUUGACCAAGCAGUACCUGCGCUACGCUGCCACUGCCGUGUUUGGAGUGAUCGGCAGCCAGAAGGCCAACAUCACGUACGUGACCCUGCGAGGAGGGGAGAAGGGCCGCUUCGUGGCCGUGGCCGCGUGUGAGCACGUCUUCAUCUGGGAUGUCCGAAAAGCCGAGAAGGUCCUGAUCCUGCGGGGCCUGAAACACGAGGUGAGCUUCCUCUGCCCCUCUCCCGAUGGCGUCCACAUCGCCGUGGGCUACGAGGACGGUGCCGUGAAAAUCUUCAGCCUGCUGAACGGGGAAAGUAACGUCUCCUUCAACGGCCACAAGUCUGGUGUCACCGUGAUGAAGUACGAUGCGCUCGGGGCGCGGCUUGUGACCGGCUCCAAGGACACAGAUGUGAUCGUGUGGGACAUCAUCAACGAGUGUGGGCUGUACAGGCUGAAGGGCCAUAAAGACGCUGUCACGCAGGCCUUGUUCCUGAAGGGGAAAAACCUCCUCGUCACAAGCUCCAAGGACAGUUUUGUGAAGUGGUGGGACUUGGACACGCAGCACUGCUUCAAGACCAUGGUGGGCCAUCGCAGCGAGGUGUGGGGCUUGGUGCUGCUGAAUCAGGAGAAGCGGCUGCUGACGGGGUCGGCUGACAGCGAGCUCCGGGCCUGGGACAUCAGAUACCUGGAGGAGGAAAAGGCCGAGGGCGAGCCCAAGGAGAAGAGGGGGAAAACUCUGCUGGAGGAUGAUGCUGACGAAGAUGAGGAGCAAGGAGAGGAUGAGAGUCUUGAAGAGCGCAUGUUGAGCUGCAAGAAGGCCGGCUCCAUCCUGCGGGAAGCCAGGGACCGCGUGGUGUCGCUGACAGCCGACGCCAGGGCCCGGACCAUCGCCUGCCACGGCAACGAUUCGAUACUGGAACUCUUCACCGUGCAGUCAGAGAAGGAGGUGCAGACAAAAAUGAGCAAGAAGCUGAAGAAAGCCAAGAAGAGAGCGGCCAAAGCCCAGGAAGACGCAGGGGAGCAGACGGAGGAGCAGACGGAGGAGCCGGUGGUGGAGAGGACGCUGGAGGACGAGAUCAUCAGACUGACCAACAUCAGAGCUUCUGCUAAGAUCAGGUCGGUGGACUGCCUGUCGUGUGCCGGCGGCGAGCUGAAGGUGGCCCUGCUGCUGCAGAACAACACCGUGGAGACCUACAGCCUGAAGACGUCAGACAAGACCCCCACGGCCAAUAAGACGGCCCGCCUGACGCUGGGCGGCCACCGCACCGACGUCCGCACGCUGGCCUUCAGCUCGGACAACCUGGCCGUCCUCUCCGCCUCCGGGGACACGGUCAAAGUGUGGAACAGGUCCACGCUGCAGGUGAUCCGCACCAUGGCCUGUGAAUACGCACUCUGCUCGAUGUUCGUGCCCGGAGACCGGCAGAUCAUCCUGGGAACCAAGAGUGGGAAGCUGCAGAUCUUCGAGCUGGCCUCCGGGAGCCUCCUGGAAACGCUAGACGCCCACCACGGAGCCCUGUGGUCCCUCUGCCUGGCCCCAGACCAGAGAGGGAUUGUCACCGGAGGUGCAGAUAAGACGGUGAAGUUCUGGGAGUUUGAGCUGGUGAAGGACGAGAGGAGCGGUCAGAAGAGGCUCAGCAUGAAGCACACGCGCACGCUGCAGCUGGAGGAGGACGUGCUGUGUGUCAAGAUCUCGCCCAAUCACCGGCUGCUGGCCGUCUCCCUGCUGGACUGCACCGUCAAGCUCUUCCACACCGACACGCUCAAGUUCUUCCUGUCUCUGUAUGGACACAAGCUGCCCGUCCUCUGUCUGGACAUCGCCCACGACAGCUCCAUCAUCGCCACCGGCUCGGCCGACAGGAACGUGAAGAUCUGGGGCCUGGACUUCGGCGACUGCCACCGCUCCAUGUUUGCUCACGACGACAGCGUCAUGUUCCUGCAGUUUGUCCCCAAGACUCAUCUGUUCUUCACAGCAGGGAAGGAUAGGAAGAUCAAACAGUGGGAUGCUGACAAGUUUGUGCACAUCCAGACACUGGAGGGUCACCACCGGGAGGUGUGGUGUCUGGGCAUCAGCCCCAACGGAGACCACAUCGUGUCUUCCUCUCACGACAAGUCCCUGCGUCUGUGGGAGCGGACCCGGGAGCCCGUCAUCCUGGAGGAGGAGCGGGAGAUGGAGAGGGAAGCAGAGUUUGAGGAGAGCAUGGCCAAAGGAGACGCACCGGUGGUACCUGGAGAGACGGAAGGAGAGGCGGCUCCUGCCGGCAAGAAGACCAUCGAGACGGUCAAAUCUGCAGAGCGAAUCAUGGAGGCUCUGGAGCUUUACAAGGACGAGGCCAGGAAGAUGGAGGAGCACAAGUACGCCUGCGAGAGAGCCGACAAAGAGCUCCCUCCCCCGAAGCCCAACCCCAUUCUAGUGGCGUUUGGAAAUAUCUCGCCGCCUCGCUACGUGUUAGAGGUCAUAAAGAAGGUCAGAUCGAGCGAGCUGGAGGUUUCCCUGCUGGUGCUGCCGUUCCCUUACGUCCCUGAGCUGCUGAAACUCUUCAGCAGCUUCAUCCAGCAGGGCCUGGAGGUGGAGCUCGUCUGCCGCUGCCUGUUCUUCCUCCUCAAGAUCCACUUCGGGCAGAUCACCAGUAACCAGAUGCUGGUGUCCGUCAUGGACGAGCUGCGGACGAACACGCUCUCCAAAGUCCGCGGCAUCAGAGACGUGAUGGGCUUCAACAGCGCCGGCCUGCAGUUCCUCCAGCGGGAGAUCGAGAGCAAAGAAGACGUGAUGUUCUUCGCUGAAGCAACCGGGCAACUGAAAGACAAGAAGAGGAGGAAGAAGAAGAGAGAGAAGGCCGUCCUGACCAUUGCUUAAUCUACGAUGAACAUUUUUUUUUAAAUAUUUUUUGAGUCAAACCCCACCUGCCAUCUCUCCAUCUUUAUGUGACUAUCACACCUGGUGGAUUCCACUUGGGGCUCUUGUACGUUCCCACAUCCCGAUGUACCCCGCUGUUAAUCACUGACUCGUGUUAUUUUUCAAAUAAACGCUCUGAGGUUU